ACAAAACCUCUAAGUGAAUGGCUGUGUCUGGAACAGCCCUACACCCUACAGAGGGCACACCAUUUUGCGGUGGUGUCUGAAGGUCUAUUGAGUCGACGCUGUCCACUUUAAAGGGUACUCAAUGUAUCCCACAAUGCAUUUCAAAAUCUAGGGUACGUCAGAAUGUAGAUUGCCAAAGCAGUAUAUCCCAUCAUUGCAGUCUUUACAACAUGUGUCCGUCCAUCUGUUCUUAUUGUGCAACAGCAAAAAUGGUGUCCAACAUUCAAAUUGCACAUACAAGGCAGUCAGUGUUCAGCAUCAAAGAGUCAGUGAGUAAAAUGUAGUGUCUCCUCUGCCCCCACCCUCAGGUUGUGUGCCCAUGAGGUCGUCCAUGCUGGUCCUGCUCCUCUUCUUCAGUGCCCAGGCUGUGGCCUCCAUCACAGGGGACUCGUGUUCUGCCGCAUCGUCGCAGCAGCAGCAGCAGCAGCCAGGUGACACCAACACCAUUCCCACAGUGGACCCCAAACUCUUCAAAAAGCGCCACUACCUCUCACCCAGGGUGCUCUUCAGCGCUCAGCCGCCCGAUGCAGAGCCGGGAGCAUCACAGGUCGGCGGGAGAAGGACCCGCCGGCGAGCGGGGCAGCCUCAGCACCGCGGCGUGUACUCAGUAUGUGAGAGCAUCAGCGUCUGGGUGGGCAACAAAACCAAGGCCACGGACAUCUCAGGCAACGAGGUGACAGUGCUCCCAGACGUGAACAUCAACAACGUCAACAAGAAGCAGUACUUCUUUGAGACGACGUGUCACAGCAGUCGCUCGGGCGGCUCCGGCUGUUUGGGAAUCGAUGCGAGACACUGGAAUUCCUACUGCACCAACUCACACACUUUUGUAAGAGCGCUGACUUCCUUUAAAAACCUGGUGGCGUGGAGGCUGAUACGCAUCAACGUGGCUUGCGUGUGCGUGCUCAGCCGCAAGUCAUGGCGACAGUAAAGUCCGUCCUCGCACCUCACACACUCACAGGUGGACAUACUCAGUUGCGUCCGUUAAAAUGGGUUUGGAGUUUUUUCCGGAGUUUAGCAUUUUACAUAAGAAGAACACGAGAGGAGAUCGUGUUUCAGGUGUGUUCAGAGCAGCAGGAAAGUUUCUGGAACUUUCAGACAAAGAGGUGGAGCCUAGGUGGAACGUGCAGGAGGCGGGGCCCUCACUGACUGACUGGGAUUAUUCCAGACAAUUCCCUGUAUUUUUUUCCUCGUUGCCUGACUUGGACAUUGUCCAUAAAUUUGAGGAGGGGGGCUGAUGGUAAAGUGUUCCAGGGAAACAUCUCUGCAGACAUCUGUGGACUCACAUAACAGCCCCUCCUGAAAAUUUUCAGGAAAAUGUCCCGACUUGAGUGUACGACUCUAAGCAGCUAUAUAGAUAUACACAUGCAGGUAGUUGUGACUAUCUCUGUAUCACCAAAGACUUGUCACUCAGCACAAAAGUAAAUUAUUGGUAUUUGUAUCAGGACUGCAUGUACUGUAUAUACUUCACCAGACCUGGGUCAAAUAGUAGCUUUGAUGUCUCUGUGUAUCACAACCUACUGCAGGUCUUUAUUAUUAUUAUUAUUAUUAUUAUUAUUAUUAUUAUUAUUAUUAUUAUUAUUAUUAUUAUUAUUUAUCUCGUUCUCUUUUAGAAAGUACAACUGUUCUUUAACGACAUUCCACCACGCAAUUUCUUUAACCCUUUUGCAACUUAACCAAGUAAAGCAGUUAAUGCAAAUAUCCUGUCCUUAAAUCACGUUUCUUAGCGCAAGUGAUGCAAAUUACAUGUUGUUUAUUUUGUUUUCUUUUCUUUCUUUUUUUUUUUUUUGCAUUUAAUUUGUUUAUAAAGUCACGGCACAAAACCUUCCUUCAUGUCAAGGGUUCCACGCAGACUUUGGACUUUUAUUCAAACGAUAAUCUGGUAGUUGAGAAGAACUGACAUAUACGAGGUGCAGGCAGUUUAGAAAAGUGAUGCAGCGUGUUGCUAAUAAACAUUACCUGAUAAGAAUAUGGCUCUAUCUGUGGGAUUUGACAACAUCUGGUGGUCAAAAUCAUUUUUGUCAAAAACCUCGGUGAAGACUUUGUUUAAGUGACUUAGUCUAAACUGCAAAAACAAUCACCACCAUGUGGGCCACGUCUAGUAGCAGUUUAGUAUGUUAUAUAUGUUGUUGUUUUUGAUCUGCAGCGCCCCCAUGUGUGGAUAGGACUACUGACAGGAAUCUCCCCGACUCAGACUCAGCUGAACUUUAUUUAACUUAUUUAAUAUUAUGACUUCUACAAAACUGCUUGUCUCGUUGCGCAAAAACUAUAAAAUUACAAAUCAGUGCUGAUUCCCCCUGGUGGCAAAGGUGGAGAAAGUAAAGAAAUGAAAAGCCAUAUGCCUUGAUGGUUCCUCCAAAGGGCCCCUACCACACUGCAAUAUCUUCCCCAAGGGGCACGCCCCACACUUUGGGAACCACUACCUUAGACAAAAUGUAGAUGGCAAACUUUGCUUCAAUUUAGACAAUUGAUUCAAUUUUGAAUAUUAAUAAAAAAAUGUUUUUACAGAAGUCAGAGACUACAUUUAAUUGAGCAUAACCGUGUGGUGUCCACAGUUAUGUCGUGUUAGCUGACUGACUGACAUAAACCGAGGCCCAUUUUGAAGUAAUAAAUAAAUAACUAUAGAUAUGCCUUGUUUAUGCCUUUUCUAUGAAUAGGAAUAGAUUAAAGAAAUGAAUUGUAACUUUUGAAGCCGUAGCUUCGGAAAACUGCACUUGUCCUGACCUUAGCUGCUGCUGCUGCUGCUGCUGUUGCUGCUGCUGCUGCUGCUGCAGACGCUCUAAUUUAAAGCUGCUGUAAACGGUGUCGUUCUCUGGCUGCCUUUUGGCUCACUUCCUGCCCGUUGCUGCUGUUAACAUAUUUUCUCUUAUGUCACCUCAUGAACAUCUACGGUCAUAGGAAACAUCAUUUCGCAGGCAAUUACCCAUAGUCCCCGAGUGGAGAAGUCAUUAUUUCUCUUGAAUCUUGUCCCGUGAUUGGAUCAAGUGUUGUCAAAGGCCUUUCCCCUUUGAUUUACUCAAUGUCCCCCAGAUACAAGCCUUUUUUCAGACAUGAAGUCAAGAAGCGGUCCGUACAAUUGGCUUUGGACAUUUUCCAGAGAUCGCUGUUCGCAUGUGAUGAACUCAGUGGGAAGAAAACAUCUGGACUUCUGUGUCUGCCUUUAAACAAAACAGAAAAAGAAAAACAUGACACUGACCAAACACUCCGGUGCCGUGACAGCUGUCAGAAUGCAGAGCUUUUCACAUGUGUUUAAUUAACAUCACGCCUCACAAACAGUCAUCUCUCCUCACGUCGUGAUCAUCCGAGCUACUUCACAAUGAACUGUGGACUCGGUUCAAGCUGCGGCUCCAGGGUUUGAGUGAUCGGAUCACUCUCGAGCUAGAAACCGCAGCUAAGCGUGUCACACGGUGUGUGCCAGUAAAACAGCACCCUUACACACAUAGCACUUAGGACAAUUAUGCAAUUUUUCUGCCUACGGUUACAUUUUCCCUGAGCUCCUUGAUCCAGGCAUUUCUACAUCUGCAACCUUUGGAAAUAUUUGACCCAGGUCUGAUAUAAGCAAAAAAACUUUUUGUUAAAAAUGUUGUUGUUGACAUUGUUAUUUAUUAAACACUCACAUACAUGCACUGUGUGUCUGCUGAAGUCUCUUCCAUGUAGCCCCCGGGUAUUUCACCGCAAGUUUUACCAGCAGGAGAAAUUUCUUUCAAUUGACCUCAACGAAAAGUGAGGAGGAAACCCAUAUGGCUCCAGUUUACUGCCAGUAAUUUGGUGUUUUGGCUUAGCGUCGUGUUUUCCUUCUGCUGUUCAUUCGACUACAGAUAUAUAAAUAAAAAAAAGAACAGAAAAGGGCCAGGGGGGGCACAAAUAUGAAAGAAAUAACAGUUUUUAAAUGAUUCAGAAGUACUGAUAAAAAUCAGAGCUCAUCAAUAUCUUUAACUGUGACAUUUUGGUGUGGACGGCGUCUUCAGACAGAUAUUUCUUAUUUAGUGUCUGUGGAGGACUGUGCCAUUGUUGUAUAUCACAGCUGACAUUUAAGGUGUCUGGGGUGAGCUCAGUGCUCUUGGAGGUAAAACUUUAUAACAGGCAAAUACUAAAGGAGAAGCUACUGAUAUGAAGUUUCCAGAAGAAAAAAAAUGGCCUAAAAAUGCGCUAUUCCAUAAAAGAUUUAUUCUUCCUGUUCUCGAUCAUUUGUCAAUUCUAUAAAUACGAAUAAACAAUGUGUCACUGCGGGCUGUGUUUACGUCAAACUCAGGUGCCGCUCGGCGGCCCUGGCCCUGAAAGAAGUUGCAACGCUGACCUCUAGUGGUCAAAUACUGCAACAUUCCUCAAAUAACGCGGGGUUUUUGUCUGGAUUUGUUUACAUUUAAAAAAUGCAAUAUAUUUGACUGUUUGUGCUCAAAACUUCAGUUCAAGUUUAUUCGUUUUAGAUUGUUUUUUAAUAAUUUCGAGGUCAUUUAUAGAACAAGGUCUAAUACAGUGUAUAAACAUGGGCAGCUGAGCUGUGAAGUCUGGCAGGAAGUGUUUCCUGCAGCUGAAGGUGUGGGAGCAGUCUUUGUGUCAACAUGUAGUUGCACUGUCUGUCCAGCGUGUGGUGUAAGUAGUCUUAGUGGGUCUUUGUUAUUCCAGGUAAAUGACAGGUGAUAAAUCAGACUGGUUUCUUCUACACCAGGUGAUU